UCCUCCCGGUAGUGACGCGGGGCUUCCUGCCAGCUGGGUAGUGCAGCGUCAUUAACAUUAGCAGUGGUAUCGGUGUCACCGGCGGUUCGGACGUUUUUCCUGACGUCAACGACGUUACCUGUUCGGUUUUAAACGAACGUCGAGCCAGAACCGGAACAGGCUAGGAACCAUCCAACCAACUAAGAUCAGAACCAGGUGUGAUGCAGCAGACAUGUCCUUGCAGGCCACACUGCGGGAGAGAAUUGGCUCCGCCCAGAUGCUGCUGCAGCGGGCGGAGCAGCUCUGUCCGGGGGUCGAGGGUCACCAGAAGCUCUGCAGCAAGCUGCGUGCCGAGCUGCGCUUUCUGCAGCGAGUGGAGGCUGGAGAGCUACAGGUCAAAGAGUCUCACCUGCAUAGCACCAACCUGACGCACCUGACCGCCAUUGUGGAGUCUGUUCAGAGCCUGGAGAAUGUGGUGGCACUGUUGCACGUCUUCACGUACCAGGACAUUGCCAGCCGCCGCCACACUCUGGUGGUGGACGUGGUCGCUAACGGGGGACUCACCUGGGUGAAAGCAGUGGGCAGGAAGGCAUUGGCCCUGCACAACAUCUGGCAAGGGCGGGGUCAGUACGGAGACAAGAGCAUCAUUCGGCAGGCCGAGGAGUUCCUGCAGGCUAGCCGGCAGCAGCCUGUCAACUACCGGCACCCCCACGUCGUCUUUGCCUUCUACAACGGCGUCUCCUGCCCCAUGGCCGACCGCCUCCGCGACAUGGGCGUGUCGGUCCGUGGGGACAUUGUUGCAGUCGGCAGCGUGGAGCUGGAGGAGGAGGAACAGGAGGAAGAGGCUGAAGGCAAAGAGGAGGACAAACACAGCGAGGAGGCAUCAGGUUUGACCCAGGUGGACCAUGGCACAGUGGUAGCCCACCUGGCGUUCCCGGUACAGCUCCAGGUGGAAGAGUGCCAGCGAGUGAACCUGGACAUCACCACACUCAUCACCUACGUGUCAUCGCUGAGUCACGGCCGCUGCCACUUCAGCUUCCGUGAGCCGGUUCUGACAGAGCAGGCGACUCAGGAGCGCUGGCAGCAGGUGCUGCCCCAACUCGACGCCUUCAUGGAGGGGAAGCAGCUGUUCGCCUGCCGCGCCGCUGUGCACGACUUCCAGGUGAUCCUCGACACGCUCGGAGGGCCGGGAGAGAAGGAGCGUGCUCAGAAUCUGUUGGCCCGACUCCACGUUGUGGACGACCAGCCUUCGGAGCGCACGCAGCGCCUCACUCUGAGUGCAAAGAUCAACCACCGCUCACUUAUGAUCUUCGGCACCGGAGACUUUUUGAGAGCCGUCACUAUGACUGCGAACAGCCGCUUCGUCAGGGCAGCGGCCAAUCAGGACGUCCGUUACAGCGUGUUCAUCCACCAACCCAGAGCACUGACUGAGGGCAAAGAGUGGAGAGCCACACCAAUCUGAGCAGGCCACGCCCACCCAAAGAAACCCAAAUGCACAGGGGCUGGUGGGAGUUGGAGUUUAUAAACUCUUUGAGUUGUGAUUGGUCAGCUGAGGGCUGCAUGUUUGUGUUUGUUGUUGAAAUCAAAGAUCAAUAAAGAAUCUCAGCCACAUUCUGUUAACCUUCAUAUGUCACAGGAAGUCCCACCUGUGAUCAUCACCCUUUCAGAAUAAAGUUAGUGAUGCUCAGAUGUAUCAUUUGAGUGCAUAUUGACCUGGGUCUACUAUUACCAUGUUUUAGAAAUAAAACAAAAAUUCUG